AUGUCGGAUAAUAGCAAUUCUUCAGUAUAUAGUGACCUUAGUCUUGCUCUAAUGGCGGAAAUCAGUGCCCGCCAACAUGCCGAGCGAGAUCGCGAGCUUUCUACACCUCCGGUUUCUCAUCAUCUCAAUGAUCUGUCAGCUAAUGAUAUUGAAACCAGAGUACUUCGUCGACGAGAUAACAAUGGAAAUGUUGUUGAAGUAGAAUCAUUUCGAAGGGAAGUAUCCUCAGACAUUGGCGAAACUCCUAGGACCAUAUAUUGCGAGCAGGAAUCAAGAACAACUACAUUAAAUGAGACUAUUCGAACCGUGGAAAAAGGGCUAGCAGAGGUGGUAAGGAAAGAUCUUGACCAUAGACGUCGGUUUGAUCGAUUUCUCAACAAUGCCCGGAUUGAAAAGAUUCCAAUUCCUGUACUGAUGAAUGGCAGAAUCGCCGAUAGGGCCCGGGGCAUCGUUUGUGAUGACGAUACCUUUUAUGAACCCAUUGGGGAACCGAUCAUCGACCCACUUCUGGAAUCAGAGUACUGUAUGAGUGAUUAUGUGGAAUCUCCUACUCUCAAAUACAUGUCAGUUCCAAUUGAUAAUAACAUCGAACAACAAGUAGUAUUUCAAUCAAAUCGUCAUGAAUCGGAACUUCCGACAAACGCCAUCGAGGCUUUCGAAAAGCUUGAUCAGCGAAGGUCUAUAGAAAGAUUUGCUUCAUCACCAAGCUCUUCCCAAGAUAUUAAUGACGACAAAGUUUUAGAUUUUAAUGAUGAAAAAUUGAUGGAUGUUUACGAUACCGAUAUCCAAAGCAUUCUGACAAGUCUCCAUUCAAUUGACAGCGAAACAGAAGACGAAGAUGCAUACGAUUCUACACAUCAAUUCAGUGGAUUUCUUGAACCUGCUGACAAUCUCCAUCACUCCACUGAAAACACACAAUCAACGCAACAAUCGAUUAUCAAACAACAACCUGCCGAAGAAUUCGAUAGUCCCCUUAGAUUGCAAUACUUGGAUCGAGGAGAAUUUGACCUCAGUAACCUGUUUAAUUUUAAAAAUAAUCUUUUAGUGUCAUCAACCAAUUACCCACAGUACAUGUUUUACGGCACGAAGUCACAAAUUAAUAUUUUGUCGGUAGGUGGGAACUUUGGAUCAACUGAUGAUCUAGUUGUUGCUUCAUUUGAGACUAAACCAAAGUAUACUUCUGAUAGGGAUAUCAUCUCCGCAGUUUGGAAACAUUAUCCCCACCUGAUAAACCUUGUCAAGAUGGUAAAUUUUUUGGGGAAAGAAAUGUUGGUGGUGUGUCGUGAUGAUGGCAGAGUCUCUUUAUACGAUACUGAGACUUUGGUCCAGCAACUCCAAGAAUUUCUUCUUAGGAAAGCCCGUUUUGAAAAGUCUCGAGUACAACAACAACUGUUGGAUUUGCUUUUGUCAAUCCAUUCAUUUGAAGUUAAACCAACCUUCCAACUUCGUACCGCAAAAUCCGUAUGGGGGAUCGAUGUCUACGAAAAGUAUGACUUAUUGGCGAUUCUGGAUAAUAGUCGUCGAAUUACAGUAUUCCAUUAUUCUAAAGAACACGAUGGCGGUAGUUUCUAUUCGGUAAUAUCACAUCCUUUAGCUUCCAACGUUCCUGACAUUUCAUUCAUCAAGGAUGAUGAAAAUAAGGCGGAGAAGGAGGAGGAAGAGGAUAUUGGUGAUGAUCUGCCCCUGGUACCACUCCAUACUCGGGUGCUUUUAUCAGCAGGAGCCAUCAUGGGAGAGCUUGUUAUCUUUGAAUUUGUAUUUGACAGAUACCAUGGGCCAGUGAAUUGUUCCAUUGAUGAUCACCCAGUAAUUGUCGAUGAUGACGGGAUUCCUAAAGAUUGCGAUACCGGCCCGGAUAUUGAAAAUGUGGGUUCCGCCAGUAGUAAUGAAAUGGUUCGUCUACAAUGGAAUAUUAUGCUCGCACGAUCAUUGCGUAAUGAAAUUAAUAAUAAUGAUAAUAAUAACAAUGAUGAUGGACUGAAUUACUCGGUAGGUAGUGAUAGUAGUUUGGGAAGUAAUGAAGAGACAGCAAAAUUCAAAAGAAUCGAGUUCCAGACCCCGAAAGUUGUGAGUCGGAUUCUUCUUGAAGAAGAUGUUUGGACUACACGGUAUAUUGAUGGAAAGUAUUUCAAAGAAGUAAGAUCAUUGCAAGAAUUAACUGGGGAUAAAGAGAUCAAUGAAAAGUUCGUGGUGGAGAAACUUGCUACUCAAAGUAGGAUUUUGGAUACCGAAAGUGAUCCAAUUAUGACCAGUGAUCUUGGACUUAGUUCAAAAACCUGUUUUUUUGAGAUUCCUCGGCGUGAUUUAACGAAAUUUAUAAUCCAUUGGAAACAUAAUUAUACAUUGUAUGCCGGUGAGCCAGAUACUGAUAUUGAGGAUGAUGAACUGGAAAAUGAUGAUGAUGAUUCCUCUGAUGAUCCGUUAUCUUUGCAUCAGGACAUGCUAAUUCCAACAUUUGGAAAACCACGGAAACUGGCGGCAUUUUCCAAUCCACGAAGAAAUAUCCUGUUGAAUUAUAACAACCUUAAAGCAGGUGCGAUGGUCACCGAUACCUUCCGUCGAGUAUCAAAGUUUUAUGAUGAUUAUUAUUUGCUCCAUCAAAGGAAACUCAAUACAAAACCACACAAAAGCCUAAACGGGCUUGAUUAUUGGGAGCCCAAGGUCACGUCAUUAUUGCACAACCAAUACCUCAUGGUGACCACCAAAUCCCAUCUUGGAUUAUUCCAUUGCAAUCGUCUUGUGUGCAAUGCGGCCUCAAAAAACCUUUUCCAAAGCGAGGUAUCAUUACAAAACUCUCGUAAUAAUCACGCACUUCGAUUAAACGACAGAGAGUUUGAACAAGCUAACCGGAUAUCGUUCUCUCAGUUGAUUCCCGAACUCUCGUGUGUUGUGGUGGCGUCGCAAUCAGGAGUGGCGUCAUUAUAUCGAUUGACGUGUUUCCGAGGCAUUCACGCGUUCCGACAAGAAUAUAUCUUUCCUGAUCCUAAUCUUGUUAGUUCUCAACAGCAAGGGAUCCAUGCCUCGAAAAUUUUGAGUGGGAUUUGUGUGAGAAGGGUGAAGAUCGAGGAAUUCGAUCGGUUUUAUUUACACUUGGUGUAUAAUAAUGGUGCCCAUUUAUCGUAUGAAUUGUAUGAUGAUGAUCAUCGAAAUUUGGCAAUGGAUUUGAUCAUAUAA